AUGGCGUCUCUCUGUGUACUCACCUUCGAUCCGGAGGGCCGCCCGAUAGAGUUCCAGUCUUGGCUCAAUGACUUACUGAGCGACUCUAAGGACGGUAUUUCGUUGUUUGACCUAACGUUUGGAGCCUCUCCUGCCCCUCCCGACAUAGCUGACAGUACGACUCGCGCACAGUGGCUUACCCAUGACGCUACUGAUCGCCUAGCCGUUCGCAAUCACCUGCCUUUAGCCGAACGCACUCACUUUGGCCAGCACAAGACCGCUAAAGCCCUGUAUGACGCUGUAGUCACUCGUUACUCUUCCCCGGCCACUGCUGCUCUAGGCGGCCUUCUACUGCCCUACCUAUUCCUAGAGCUGUCCGUCUUUGCCACAGUAGCUGACCUCAUCACUCACCUUCGCACUAGUGACGUCCGCUACCAAGCCGCGCUUCCUGCCGUGUUCCUCACCAAGAACCCUCCUCCCAUGUACAUCACUUUCAACUUCAUAGUCACCCGCCUCCGUGACUCUCCUAGCGCUGUCAGGGACCUCCUUCGCACCUUUGACCCCACAGACCUCACUGUCGACCUGCUCGAGAAGCACCUCCUUGCAGCUCAGACUAGCAUAGUCGCUGUAGGCGCGUCUCGUGGCACUCAUCGCACUCCCUUCUUUAAGGGGUGCUCGCCCUCCCCCCUUCUCCGCUCCGUCGCCUCUGCUGUAGCUGUUGACUACCUUCGUGCUGAGGAGGUGGGAGUUGCGUCUACCCCUAGUGGGAGACGCCGCAGCGGCAGGGGCAGGGGAGGCAGGGGCGGUGGGGGUGGCAGAGGUGGAGGCGGUGGUGGGGGUGGUGGAGGCGGUGGAGGGGGCGGCGGUGGUAGAGAGAGUGUAGGUGGGGGUGGAGGUGCAUGUGGCGGCGGUGGUGGCGGCAGUGGGGGUGGUGGCAGCGGCAGUGGUGGAGGAAGUGGGAGUGGAGGCGGCGGCAGUGGUGGUGGCCGGGGUGGUACCAGCCAGAGGGGAGGCCUUGGCGGUGACCCAGAUAUAGAGGCCGCUGCUCUAGGUGCUAGUGAGUCCGCUGCUCUAGGUGCUAGAGAGUCUGCUCUCUUAGGUACCGCGUCUGCUGCGGCCUUGCACACCUUCACACUUGACUCAAGUGCUUCACGCUGUUUCUUUCGCAACAGUACCACAGUCACACCGCUCUCAGCACCUAUUGAUGUCUCUCUGGCUGGCCCCUUUGGGGGCUCAGUCCUUGCACGUUCCUCCACUAUUCUGCUGUGUACGGCGGUUCCGUCUAGCUCACUAUCAGGUCUCCACCUCCCCUCGUUCUCUACGAACUUCGUAAGCAACGCCGUCCUUCAAGAUGCGUGGGUUGAUACCUUCACCCCUGGAGGACAGGGUGUGGUGAUCUGUACGUGCUCCCGGACUGGCAGGCACCUUGCCAUGUUCACCCGUCUGCCUGGGUCGAGUCUGUACACACUGACUACUGCGCCCCCUCAGGUAGCUGCGUCUGCGUCUGCGUCAGGUCAGCUUGCGGCCCCCUGCUUGUAUCGUGACCUCUCGCACCAGACGCUCCUCUGGCACCACCGCCUUGGUCACCCCUCCGUAGCACGACUCCAUGGCAUGCACUCCCGUCUCCUUGUACCUCCAUGA